ACCUAAUUUAGUCAUUUUCGAUGUGCUGUGGACAUGCCAAGGAGCACAAAGAAGUCCGACAUAGGAAACACGUCAACGCGUUUCAAUGCUGCGCUUUCUACUAGUAGCAGCAGUGCCGAAACGACGCCAACUACCGGAUCACGGCCACGCAAAAGGCGUCGAUUGGACAAAGAGUCUCAGGACCGCCGCAGUAAGAGUCGGGAGUCGAAAUUUGGCGAGUGUAAUAUUGAGGAUGCGAAGCAGAUAGAUCGGCGUUUGCGAAAGGUAGCACGUGAUAAUUCCAUUAGUCAUGAAGACAUGCACAAGGUGGUGCGCAGAGUGGUCCGAAACGAUCAUGUACUAGCACUUGUAUCACUCAAGGCUGAGGAUGAGGUGGCGCGGGAGAAGCGGGAGGCCGAGAAGCGUGGUGCCAUCAUCAUAACAGACACGCCAUCAGGAGAAAAGCUGACGCGUGCCAAGGCACGGGAACUAAACCGUACUCCAGGUAUAGCGUUGCCGGCUUUGAGCGAAUCGCCGGCAACCAACGGGAUUGAAGUGUUAAUACGUGAGGACUUGCAUUCUGACGAAGAGGACGAAGAGUAUACAUUUAAAGAGGAUGAUUUUCAUUCAGAUGAGGAUCCGAAUACGACAGCUUCAGAAAUUGAUUCGAACCCGUGUACUCCGCAAACUCCGUUGGCAACCACAGAAGCAGAAGAUUCACCUAUCAAAUUUAGUGCCGAUGGAUGUUUCAAAGUACCACUGGACAAAAACCAGGAACCAGGACAGGAUUUACGCAUUGCCACACGCACACGAUCUAAGCUCUGUUUGGAGCAAACAACAAUUGAGGACUUGCAGUCGGAGUUUGUGCCGCCAGAUGUGGAACUAUGUGAUGUGCCAGAAUAUGACAUGACAGCAAACGAUGAAGAGUGGAUGCAGUUUCUCAAUGAUUUUUCCAAGCCGUUGAAUAACAGCUUUCUGGGUGACGACGAUGAUCCUAUUAAUGAUCCUGAAUAUGUAGCAGCCGAAAAAAUACCCGUGGAUGCUGAGGAGCUUCGAGAUGUAAAUAUCUCCAAAAAGGAACUGACUGAUUUGGUCUCGGAGCUUUUUGAAGGCUUGCUCCAGGAAGGUGUAUCAUUAGAAUCUAUUGAACUGGAGACACCGCAAAAGUUUCUGAGCGAGAAUCAGAACUCCAUAACAUCACUAACUUUACCACAAACUGUUGAGCAAGUGACCCGACAAAUAGAUUUUGAUACUCAAUCAUCCGUAGUUAGAAGUGAUGUCGUCGAUACAACAGCUGUUUUUCCGCCCAUGGGACAGGAUUCAUUUCAUCCGCAUGUCAUGUCCACUCCAAGUACAACAGAUGGUCCCAAUUUGGUUCCCAUGACCAUUUUUGAGUCAUGUGGUCUAAAUAACUCCAUGGAUACAAACGUCAUGAACAAUACAUGCAAAGUAGUGGGCAUAGCUACAACAGCAUUAACACAGACGUCGGAUCUUAUUGCGGUUCCGCUGCCGGGUCAGCCCAACUGCUUUCAGUUGGCAAAAGUCAUCGCGCACAAUGAACACGGUAAUCAAUGCCUAGAUGUGGUGCAACUACCCCUUGCAGAACAAGGGGCUUCCAUGACUGCAGAGCCAGAGUUCCUUAUGCCUGCGGAGCCAGCAGAUCCCGAACCAGCUAAAUUGGUAGGCCCCGAUAAUGCGCCAAAGGCCGACGACCGGUACUCUACGCCCUACGACACUAAUUUCACCUGGGAGUACAUUUCGGUGCGUAAGCAUAUUUAUAACGAAUAUUCGGAUUACUUUGAAAGUCUGCGAAACUUGAAACCUGUACCUCCAGAGGGCACGCAAAAUAAUAUUGAAGGCUUCACACACCAUCAGCACGAGCUGCUGCAGCAGCAACUACGAAUACACACGCAAAUGCUCACGCAGACUUUUCUGCAGACUUAUUCAAAUCCCAAAUUGUAUCACAUGGCUAAACAACCAAAGCAAAUGUUGUACGAGUUACAGGAGAAGGCAAACCAAAAUAGCAAUUUUAAUUGUUGGAAUUUAAAAGCUGCUGUCAAAUUGGUUGAUAAAUGGGAGCGGGAUUUAAGUAGCGAUGAGUUUGAGAAGGAGAACAAAAAAAUGAUGGAAUUCAUCAAUAAGGAAAUCCAAUUAACUGAUGGUCGCACUCGUCAAGUGCCUCGUCUGGCGCCUCGGAUUAUGGACCUCAUGCUGGACAGCACGGUUUUCAUGUAUCCCCAAUAUUUGCCGCGCAUGGCCUUUCAGCCAAGAAGUGUUCAGUUUACGGCUUACGCACCGUCCGAGUAUCAGCUUAUAGCCAUGGGACUAGAGAAACAUCUUAAUGUCAUAAACAGCUCAAAAAAGCCGCUAAGGAAACGCGUUGAUCCUAUAAGCAUUGCCUGUAAUCGGAUGGCCAAGGACACUGUGCAUGGAAAGCAGGGAAGACGCCUAUAUUGGAAGAUUAAAGAGCUGCGCGACGGAAAAGAGUAUAAUCCUGUGAAAUAUUACCUCGACCAUGGACUGGCCCCGCCGGUACAACAAAUACUCUUAGGAUUCGAGGGCGGCAUUGUGCGACCACCGCGUGAACGUUACCACGAGUUGCAUAGUGGCUGGAAGUUUUAUAUAGAGAAAACGUGGAACAAACGUCGCCGUCGCCGAGCUCCGAAUUUGUCUAAAGCCUCUGCGCAAGCUAGUGCGUCGUACUUGGAAUUUGUUCGAGAAGCUAUAGGGGAAGAUUUAUUACUGCCCGAGAAUUUUGGGGAAGCUGCCGCCCCCCAUGGCAGUGCCACUGGCUUGGCACUUGCACAGAAAAACGACCAAGCUACAGAACCAACAGAAAAUACGGUAGCAACUGAGAAAGCAAGAUCCAAAAGUAACAUUCAAAAUAGUUCAAAAUUCGAGGCUUGUAAACAUCAACAUCAACCGACUUCGCUCACCAUUAACGUAAAUUAUGUUUUUGGAGGAGGACUUGCAACUAACUUAUGUGGAGCUGGAAUCUCUGUGCCUUAUCAGCAUGGUACCUACGACGACAAUGUAGUCACAAUUAAUCGAUCGCUUCACACUAGCAAAGAAAGUGAUUUAUUGGCUCUGCCGCCGCCUCCGCCACCACUUCCAGACGAUGCUGGGCCGUGUGUUAAUCUUAGAUUUGACAGUGCUACAAACUCAUUACAAAUAAACGAAAUCGAAAACUCCGCUUCCACAUAUCAGUCACAAGAAAUAACAACAUUGACAAAUGAUACGAAAUCUUUAGGUUGUGCCCGAAAGGCACGGUUUAGUAUAUUCAAACCGAAGGUACAUACUCGUAAGCGUCAGGCUAAAAACCGCGGAACGCCUUCAAAGUUUUCAUCGGAUCAAUCUUUGUCGUCACCUAUUUCACCGCCAACACGUUCCCGCUUCCACGUGCUACGUCAACGGCUGCGUCAUAAAUUACAGAAACGUUGUUAUUCGCUAAUCCGUUCUUACGGCAUCUACCUGCAAAACCAGCGCGAACGUUACUCCCACACGAAAGUCGUACAGCCUUAUUACAGACACUUUCUGGCUUUGGAACUGUACACACGGCUACUCGUCGACUUGAGCAUGUUUUGCCGCUCGAAAUUGUCAAAUCCUGUCACAAUUACAUCGCCAAGCAGCAGUAAUGCUGCUGCCCAACAACACCAGCAACAGCAAAAGCGUCAACGAAUUGUUGGGAACAACAACAAUACCAGUAGUAACAACAUCGAGGAUGAGUCUCUCGCUGCUGGCGCACGAAUCCGCAAGGCCAAUCGUCAGGAGGAAAUGCUGCGACACAUGUUGCAACCGGAUAGUGCAGACGAAAAUAAUCGGAAGGAUGCAACUUUUGCAUACAACUUUUAUGAAAAGGUGGAGGAAGCUUUGCUAACUGCCAAUCGUGUCGAGGAUUGCCAAAAGUUCAAUCAGCUACUACAGUCAUUCGAUCCUAGGCAUGAUAAAGUGGCUGAAUUAUAUUUGAAAGUAGAAAAGUUAUUGCUUCCUGAUAACCCAGAGUUGGCCGAGGUCUUCCUUAACUUUCUGUUACCUGCUGAGGCUGCAGAAUUAGGCAAAUUCUUUGAGUACUUCAUGAUUACAAAUGCCACAAACUUCAUCAAUAAACUAAACAUAUAUUUUUGCAAACAACCUGCGCAAAUACGCAAAAUAUAUGCGUGCCUCAGCGAAUUGGCCGAGCUGCCUAGUGUAAGCAUGAAAAAGGUUGAGUCCAAAAUUUUGCCUUUGCUUAAAGGCAAUCAGUUUCUAUGCGACUGGUUUAUGCAGCAGUUUCCGCAAGCCAAGCCACCAGAACGACUUCUGCCUUCUGUAGAGACAAUCAAUCUGCAUGAGGUCAAAAACAAUGCAACUGGCGAAUAUGUGGAGACUAUCAGUGAACUUCUCGAAUCACCCACGCAGGAACAAGCGCCGGGCUGUCAAUUAAGAUACAUAAAUGGACGUAUAUUUUAUGGGUCAAAAAUACUGCUACCUGCCAAACUCUCAUUUAUGGCUGCAAGUAUUUAUAACGAUCAAAGUCAAAAGGAACAGGACACUGGUGCGGGCGCCAGCAAUUUGAAUUGUGUGCACAGUGUGCGUCAUCAGGGUGAGAAGCAAAUAAGUGCAGCAGCGGCUGUCGACAGUGACGACAAUGAACGUUCUGAGGAGGAUGAUGCCAGCCGGGCUCUAGUCAUUGACACUACAGGAGAUGAAGAAAACAGCUGUUCAUCGAUUGAAAUGUGUGACGAUAUGAUGCUGCGUGCGCAUGCAGUGCGUCUAAACUCUGGCUACUAUGGCAACAACUGCUUCAGCAAUACCGCCACGAGCACACCCAAUGUCGGCAACUCGCACGCCUCCGGACAUCAUGCAAAUGCCAAGAAGACGUCGAUCAACUUUGGAGAUAUGUCGCCACGUAAACAGUCUGGUCUGAAUAAUUCACCCAUGUCUGGACUAAGUCCGCUGCCACCAGUCAAUGGUGUUAAUGGCGCUACGAGCACGCAAAUCUCACCGCAACAGGAGAAGCGCAAAUCUCCGACGAAAAAGGUGCGCUCACCACAGGGACAAACGAAUUCGCGGCUACGAUGCAAUCUGCCGCCUAUGGUGGUAAUACACGAUCAGGAACAUCAGCAUCAGCGACCGCAAAUUUCAUCACCCGCUUCCCCGGCUAUUGAGUGUGCGAAGCGCCUAAAAACACUGAUAGAUCAGGAAAGCACACGUGAAGAGUUAGAUAACAAGGCAAACAUAAGUAUAAUAGCAACGGCCAAGCAACCUUUGGAGUUACAGUCAGGAGCAUCGUCACGCAUUGCCAAAAUAGAAGUGGAGACAGAAGAAGACCAAGAGUUUUUGCCCGAAACUGGAUCGGAUAACGACUCAUCGAUUGUAUCGCUGUCGCAGCAAACAUUUCCAGCCAUUAAAAUGGAUGCACCUCUCUCGGAAGAUGAGAUGGAGCCACUAGUCGUAAGAGGCGGUUCCACACCGCAACAUGCUAUUACCACACAGUUCGAUAGCGAUGAGGAUUGUAAGUUGGAUGUUGUAGCCACGUUGGCCAACUGUGCGCAGCAGGGCGAACAGAACUCACCAUCGGUGACCACCACAAAGGCAACUGUGAACACAGCCGCAUCAGGUUCCGCUUCCACGCCAUCAUUGCCCCCCGCUACUGUCCCUCAGUCGACCUCGACAGCGUGGACACGCGAAGAGGACAAGAUUAUACUUAUUGAAAUGAAACUGGGCGCGCGCGAUCGAGAUUAUUUGAUCAGACGUAUUAGCACAAAGCUCAGGCAUCGCACUUUGCCAGAACUGCGUUCACGCCAUCAAUUUCUGAUGGACUUUCUAUCAAAGCUGCAGGGCAAGACUUAGAAAAAAAAAUAGUUACAAAACAAACUGGACACGUAUUAUACAUAAGUAAGGUAUUUUAAGAUCAUUUUUAAAGUUUUAUUCUAAUUUAUGUUACAUAUUUAAUUUAAUGACUUCAAAGGAGCUUACAUUCAUCACCCCAAUAUAACUAAGACUGUUAACAUUCAUAA